AUGUGCAAGUCCUCUUCCAGCCUGGGCUCCCUACGCCUGCCCCCUGAGACCAGCCUUGGAGAGCGUCACUGCCCUUUCGGGGACCCUUCUGUGGCCAAGCCCACCACCACUGAUGUGCUGGCAUCUCCGCUGGGGUUUUGUCCACCAGCUCUGUCUAUCCUUCAGCUGUCCCUGCUGCUGCUGGACAAUCAGUCCCUGGAUGGUGACCACCAAGCACCAGCCCCUGUUUCAGACAGGAAACACCAGCAGCCAGUGUCAGAGCAGUCCCCAGGUGCCCAGAAGGACCCAGAGUUCCUGCCCACCGUGGCUGUGGUGAACCAGACCCUGGUCACCAAGUUCCUCCUUCUGGGAUUCUCAGAAACACCUCGGCUGCAAAUGUUGCCCUUCCCUGCCUUCCUUCUCCUCUACAUGAUGGCCCUCUCUGGAAACCCGCUCAUCGUGCUGGUCAUCGGCUCAAGCCCUGCCCUGCACACCCCUAUGUGCUUCUUCCUGGUCAACCUGGCCGUGGUGGACAUGCUCUGCACCUCCACAAUCCUACCCAAGCUGCUGGGCAGCAUGGUGGCUGGCAGGACCAUCUCCUUCGGGGGCUGCAUGGCUCAGCUCUUUCUCUUCACAUGGUCCCUGGGGGCCGAGCUGCUGCUCUUCUCCACGAUGGUCUUAAACCGCUACGUGGCCGUCUGCCGGCCCCUGCACUAUGGCGCCCAUGGGCCCCGGGUGUGCAUGCUCUUGGCCACAGCCGUGUGGACAGUCAGCCUGGCCAACACCAUGGUAAACACUGUCCUCACCGGGCGCCUGCCCUUCUGCUGCUCUGACGUGGUCGAGCACUUCUUCUGUGAGAUCCCCCCAGUGCUGAAGCUCUCCUGUGCCCCCACUUGCCUGAACGAGGCCAUGGCCUUCAUUGCAGAUGUGGUCCUGGCCCUGGGGAACUUCUCCGAGCUCAUGCUCUCCUAAGGCUGCAUCAUCGCCAGCAUCCUGCGCAUCCGUUCAGCAGCGGGCAAGUGGCGGGCCUUCUCCACCUGCUCCUCGCAUCUCCUGGUGGUCUCCAUGUACUACUCCACCGUCAUCUACACCUACAUCCACCCCACGUCCAGCUACUCGCUGGACAAGGACAAGGUGGUAUCCAUGAUCUACACUUCCGUGGCGCCCUCCCUGAACCCCCUCAUCUACUGGCUGAGGAACACGGAUGUCAAAGCCGCCCUCAGGAGGAUGUUCUCCUGCAGCUGA